CCGCCAACCUGCAGCUGUGCCACGGCAUCGAGUACCAAAACAUGCGGCUGCCCAACCUGCUGGGCCACGAGACCAUGAAGGAGGUGCUGGAGCAGGCGGGCGCCUGGAUCCCCCUGGUCAUGAAGCAGUGCCACCCGGACACCAAGAAGUUCCUGUGCUCGCUCUUUGCCCCGGUGUGCCUCGAUGACCUGGACGAAAUCAUACAGCCGUGCCACUCGCUCUGCGUGCAGGUGAAGGACCGCUGCGCUCCGGUCAUGUCCGCCUUCGGCUUCCCCUGGCCCGACAUGCUGGAGUGUGACCGUUUCCCCCAGGACAACGACCUCUGCAUCCCCCUGGCUAGCAGCGACCACCUCCUGCCGGCCACUGAAGAAGCUCCAAAGGUCUGUGAAGCCUGCAAAAAUAAAAACGAGGAUGACAACGACAUAAUGGAAACUCUUUGUAAAAAUGAUUUUGCACUGAAAAUAAAAGUGAAGGAGAUAACCUACAUCAACAGAGAUACGAAAAUCAUUCUGGAGACCAAGAGCAAGACCAUUUACAAGCUGAACGGGGUGUCUGAAAGGGACCUGAAGAAGUCGGUGCUGUGGCUCAAAGACAGCUUGCAGUGCACCUGCGAGGAGAUGAAUGACAUCAAUGCGCCCUACCUUGUCAUGGGACAGAAACUGGGUGGGGAGCUGGUGAUCACCUCUGUGAAGCGAUGGCAGAAGGGGCAGAGAGAGUUCAAGCGCAUCUCCCGCAGCAUCCGCAAGCUGCAGUGCUAGUUCUGGCGCUCAGGUUGCUCCUGACAGGCCAGCCCCAGGGCUCGGCUGACCACAUUUGCCCCGAGGCCUCAGCUCUCGUGUCCCAAGCACAGUCCCUGCAGCUCUGGCCCCAGCCUGGAGCAGCGUCCCCUGCCUUUUGCACAUUUGCACCCCCAGCAUUUCCUGAGUUAUAAGGCCCUAGGAGGCCUCAGGAAUGGAUACCUGUUUUCACAUAAAGGAAAAACCCACCCGAGUCUUGUAGAAAUAUUCAAAGUAAUAAGAAUUAUGCAUAUUUUUAUGAAGUUUUAAAAUAGCUCACUUUAAAGCUAGUUUUGAAUAGGUACAAUUGUGACUUGGGUCUGAUUUUUUUUUGGUUUUUUUCCUGUUUGUUUUGGGUCACCUGGCCUUCACUUUCUGCUGAGGUUGCCAAUAGCUUCAUUUUUGUAUGUGGCCCAGACUGCUGUGGGUCACAAGCCAGGUUGAGAUAAAGCUGGCUGUUAUCUCAACAUUUCUUGGUUCCAGCCUGAGGCUCAGCGCCUUAGUGUUAUAACAGUUCACUUGUUAUUUACACCCUCACUGGGAACUUAACUGCAGCGUAUAGCAUUUCCAGUAGAGUACUUCCAUUUAAAAAACACAUUAACCAUCAUAGCGAUUUCUUCGAGUAAAGGGCACAACAGACAAAUUUUGUAAUUGACCUGAGUACUUUAAGCAUUGUUUAAAACAUUUUUUCUUAUUUUUGCAAAUUAAACCAUUGUAGCUUACCUGUAAUAUACAUAGUAGUCGACCUGAAAAAGUUGUAAAAAUAUUGCUUUAACCAACAUUGUAAAUAUUUCAGAUAAACAUUAUAUUCUUGUAUAUAAACUUUACAUCCUGUUCUA